CUAUAUCGACAACCUGAAAGGCUGCUCAGCAAGGAAGAAGCCACUGCUCCAAAACUGCCAUAAAAAAGCCAGACUACAGUUUGCACCUGCACAUGGGGACAAAGACAGUACUUUUUGGAGAAAUGUCCUCUGGUCUGAUGAAAAAAAAAAUAGAACAGUUUGGCCAAAAUCACCAUCGUUAUGUUUGGAGGAAAAAGGGGGAGGCUUGCAAGCCGAGGAACACCAUCCCUACCGUGAAGCACGAGGAUGGCAACAUGUUGUGGGGGUGCUUUUCUGAAGGAGGGACUGGUGCACUUCACAAAAUAGAUGGCAUCAUGAGGACAGACAAUUAUGUGGAUAUAUUGAAGUGACAUCUCAAGACAUCAGUCAGGAAGUUAAAGCUUGGUCACAAAUGGGUCUUCCAAAUGGACAAUGACCCCAAGCCUACUUCCAAAGUUGUGGCAAAAUGGCUUAAGGACAACAAAGUCAAGGUAUUGGAGUGGCCAUCUCAAAGCCCUGACCUCAAUCUUAUAGACAAUUUGUGGGCAGAAGGAGGCCUACAAACCUGACUCAGCUACACCAGCUCUGUCAGGAGGAAUGGGCCAAAUUUCACCCAACUUAUUGUGGGAAGCUUGUGGAAGGCUCCACGAAACGUUUGACCCAAGUUAAACAAUUUAAAGGCAAUGCUACCAAAUAUGUAUGUAUACAUCUGACCCACUGGGAAUGUGAUGAAAGAAAUAAAAGCUGAAAUAAAUAAUUCUCUCUACUAUUAUUCUGACAUUUCACAUUCUUAAAAUAAAGUGGUGAUCCUAACUGACCUAAGAAUUUUUACUCGAUUAAAUGUCAGAAAUUGUGAAAAACUGAGUUUAAAUGUAUUUGGCUGUAUGUAAACUUCCGACUUCAAAUGUAUGUACUUGCUGUCUAUGCUUGUGAAUAUGUUUGGGGAGUUUGGUUUGUUAGUGGCCAAUGAGGGUUUAGGGUCAAGGAAGGCAGUAUCUUGUCAGGACCAUGUCUAUUUGCUGACGCCCUGACCGGCUGAGUGGCCUUAUAGGUGUUGUAGUAGGAGCUACUCCCUGGCCAGACCAGACUACCGUUUAUUCCAUUCACAUCCUUCUGCCACAUCAAGCGUGAACUUCAGAUAAACCCCCCUGCUUCUUCAUUUUCCCUGAUUCUCUCUCAAGCAGUUAAUUCAACAACAAAAAAUUCUGCAUAUCCUUUAUUUCAUGUAAAAAACAGACCAGAGUAAUAAGUACUAAUUUAUGUCAAAUCUCAGGCAGCCCCUUGUCCCUCUGAAGCCAGCCUGACCUCAUCGGGUCACCCACUGUGCUCUGCGUGCAAUUAAAGCCCCCUGCCACAUCAGAGCAGAUUACAUCAGUGACUGCUGCUGCGCGUGCCUACUGCCUAAUGGGCCCUGCUAGUGCUGCAUCUGUUCUAUCUACCUUUCUGUUCCAUAGCCCCUAUUCAGAUCCUCUCAGGUUGCUUGGCAGAUGUCUGAAUGUCGUGGCAGGUCUGGCCCAGUGUAGUGCUGAGGUUAGAGAUUCCAGAGUUCUUGGCUCAUGAGUUGGGUUGGGCCAGGCCGUGUGGAGUAUAAAAAGCCUUGGCGAUGGACAACAAAAGCAGCAGAGGUCCCAUAGGUGAAGACUGAUCACCCCCAGAGAACCCAUACAAAGGCAAACCCGAGCAGCCGCCAACAUGAGUCGCAGCCCUGAGAGGAUUUCAUCCUACCGACGCCACUUUGAGGACAUCAGCAGCUCAUCCUCCUACCAGGUUAGGGUGUCCAGCCCAUCCCCAACCCUGAGAGUUAACCGCCACCAGUCAGCCAACUACUCGCCCAGUGCCGGAGCCAGCAGAAUGCAGGCCCAGACCAUGGGCAGAAGGACCGUCUCCACCUCACGUAACGCCCGCAUGGCUGGCGGGAAUGUGGGAACCAUGGCAUGUGUGGGCUAUGGCAACGGGGCCCCGGUGGACCUGGACGCAUCUGCUGCCGAGAACAAAGAAUUCCUCAGCACGCGCAGUGGUGAGCGGCAGGAGAUGGUCGUAUUGAACGACAGACUUGCUGUUUACAUUGAGAAGGUUCGGUCCCUGGAGCAGCAGAACAAGCUGUUGGAGAUGGAGAUUGACGGCAUCCAGAACCGGUUCGUGAAGCCGUCGGGCCUGCGCAAACUCUAUGAGGAUCAGCUGAGAGAUCUGAAGAGGAUUGCAGAUCAGAUGAGAAGGCAGCGGGACCAAGCUUUAGCCGGUAAAGAGGCCAUGGCAGGUCAACUGGAGAUAACCAAAGUCAAAUACGAGGAGGCAGUUGAGCUGAGAAGGCGGGUCGAGAUGGAGAUAGAAGCAUUCCGUCCGGAUGUGGACAGAGCCACCUCUCAGCGCAUCGCCCUGGAGAAACAGCUCGAGCAGUUGGAGGUGGAGAUUGAAUUCCUUCAGAGGGUGCACAAAGAGGAAAUUGAAGAGCUACUGAAAAUGAUAUAUGCUGCCCAUUCCUCAGCCCAGAGCGCUUAUGACCUCCCCGACCUCUCAGGCGCUCUCAAACAAAUCCAAGCUCAGUAUGACGAAAUUGCGGCAAAAAAUCUACAGGAAAUGGAUUCCUGGUAUAAAAGUAAAUUUGAAGACCUGAACAACAAGACGACAAAACAUGUGGAUAUGGUUCGAAGUGUCAGGGAAGAAGUUUCUGGCGCCAAGAAGGAUAUCCUAAACAAAGAGCGUGGCCUGGAAGCUCUGAAGACCAAGAAUGAGGCUCUGGAGGCACAAGUUCGUGAAGCACAGGAAAAGUACAAGAAAGAGCUGGAGGAUCUUCAGGCAAGAAUUGAGGCCCUGAAGGAGGAGCUGAAAUCCACCAAGUCGAAAAUCGCUCUGCACCUGCGUGAAUACCAGGACCUUCUGAACAUGAAGAUGGCUCUGGAGAUUGAGAUCACAACUUACAGGAAGCUGAUUGAGGGUGAGGACUUGCGACUCACAACCAUGGUUGGGACCAUGUCCAUAAUGAGUAGCAGCUCAGGCUCCAUGAGCACUGGGAUGAGUGUGGGCAUGGCUAGAGGCAUUGGACCUGGAGGCAGUGAUGGAGGAAUGGGUGGAGCUGGAGGCUUAGGUGGAGGGAUGGGUGCAGGAGGCAUGGGUGCAGGAAGCCAUGGCCCUGGAGGCAGGGUUGGAGCUGGAAUCAUGGGUGGUGGAGGAAUGGGAGCUGGAGGAAUUGGAGCCAAAGGCGUGGGUGCUGGAGGCGUGGGUGCUAGAGGCCUAGGAGCUGGAAGCACAGGUGCUGGAGGAAUGGGUGGAGGCAUGGAUGGUGGAGGAAUUGGUGCUAUAGGCAAUGGUGCUAAAGGCAUGGGUGCUGGAGCCAUGGGUCCUGGAGGCAAUGGAGGAGGCAUGGGAAAUGGUGCAGGUGAAUAUGGGUACGGCGCCUCCAUGGAGUACUCCCACGAGGACCAGGCAGUGGAGAUGACGGAGAGGAGGACGGUGCUCAUCAGAACAGUUAAAUCAGAGGAUGAGACACUGGAAAGCGACACAACGGAGCAAACCUACAUAAUCUCUGGCGCUGCCGAUGACUCGGACGAGGAAUAGGCGUGAAUGACCAUGUAACCUUCUCUCACCCCUUAACCCCUCACGCCCCUGGAGCUUUGCACUGACGGCUCUUGUCUGGUCUCUGACCUUUGACCAAGACAUGAGACCAUGAAUGACCCUGCAACCUAGUCAAGUAGUACCCUUUUGGCUCUUGUGAUGUGCCUUUGAACCACAUAUUCAGAACCUCUGUGUGCAUUACACAGCUACUCAACAAGCAGCGAAUAAAGCUCUCAGCAAUCAA